CAGUGCUCCAGCAAGAUUUAACGAUUGAUGUCAGCGCCGUUGAAGGCAUAUAUUGAGACGAUGAACUUUUCACUGCUUGGAGGACUAUCAGACUUUCUACUGUUCGUCUGUCUGCUACUAGUCGUCUUCUACUGGUACUGCAAUGGGUUUUUCAAUGUUUGGGAGCAGCUUGGUGUGCCUGGACCAAAGCCAUGGCCCUUUCUAUUGCACAUCCCAGAGUUGAGAAAUGGCAUGGAACAAGCUUUUGAUAAAUGGGAAUCAGAGUAUGGGCGAACGUAUGGACUUCAAUCCAUCAUCAGCCGUAGGCCUGCGCUGGUGACCACGGAUACAAAACUCUUGUAUCACAUCUUUGUAAAAGAUUUCGACAAUUUUGUCAACAGGGCUUCCCCCUCGCUUUCCACAAAAACAACAGCUCUUCGUAGUCUCUUCUUCUACGGUGGUUCAGACUGGCGGAGAACUCGUCACGUCAUGUCACUAAUGUUCACUGGAGGAAAGCUGAAAAUUACGAUGUAUCACGCAAACAACAGCGCUGCCACUCUCGUGAAUUUAAUCAAAAGAAUCAAAGCUAAAGGAGAGCUCGUCCCACUGAAAAAGUUCAUGGCCAAAUACACCAGCGACGUCAUCGCUAAAUCUGGCUUCGGGUUGAAAGCUGAGGCUGUUUCAGAUGUUGACAACGAGUUCUUUGACAACAUUAACAAAUUUUUAAGUUUGGGCUCUACGUCACAACAGUUUUUUAGACUCAUUGGCCUGUAUUUUCCAUUCAUCUCAAAGAUUGGCCUGCAUUUCUUCGAGAACGCUGACUGGAUUAAUCCAAAAGCAGAUGCCUAUUUCUCUGAGCUUGCCAAUAACGCUAUAGAGACAAAACGUGAGCAGAAGUCAGAGAAAGUAAAUGACAUGUUGGAUCUGCUUCUUCAUUCAGAGACCCCGCGCGCUGUUGCUGGCCCCAACGAAAAAUGUUUGACUACAAAAGAGAUUGUGGCUAAUUCCGUUUUGCUGAUCCUCGCUGCUUAUGAAACGACGUCCAGCACUCUGCGCUCGCUCCUCUACCUGUUGGCUCAAAAUCAGGAUAUCCAAGACAAGGUCAUCCAGGAGAUCGAUACUGUACUCGAUGGACGGACAGAACCUGAAUACGAGGAUCUGACCAACCUCAAGUAUACAGAACAGGUGGCCUUGAGUCAACUCUUGUCUAACUUCAGGUUCGUCAAGACUGACCUUACCUACCCAAAACUUGGUGAAGACGUUAAGAUGGUAAACGUUAUCAACACAAUGUCUCAGCCAGAGAAGCCAAUAGAGCUUGAUGUGGUACUCAGAAAGGAGGAAUAAGGAGCGAUGCGUUUACUGUCUGUUGAACACCUACGAGAAACACAAAUCUCACUCUGAGCAUUCUUUUUUUGCUUUGAAAAUAUUAAGUUUAAAUUAACAACUAUCGUGGUAAAUUAAAUUUGGGGAGAACAUAACGGAUUGUGUCAAGACCAGCACUUCUGGGAGUCCAAGAACAGAUUAGAUGUUUGACGCUGGCCUAGUCAGGCACAAUGGGAUCAUUUCAGAGCAAACCACUUCCUGGUCCCCCCUUAGAACGGCAAGCUGAAGAAAAGCAUUCUCUAGGAAGAGAAAGAAAAACAGAAAAAAUGGGGGGGGGGGGGGGGUCACAACACCAUAAGCUGAACCCAUAAGGUCUAAUACGUUUUCGGUGAAAUUUUCAAACACUAUGCUCCAGCUGAGCGUGAUUACACUGUUUGUGUAGGUCUGCCCUCUUGAUCUUAUGUGUAAAACAAACCAAUGUUGGGUAAGGAGACAAUAAGUUUGUUGAGACUAGUAACAGUUGCGCCAUAACAAGUUCCCAAACAAAGCAUUCCGAUAUCGUUAAAAGGUUCUGAGGAGGGAGCAGCAAAUGUGUGUCUAGAUGUGUGUUGUAGUUAAGUUUUUAUUUUAUUUUUUCAACGUACAUAAGGUGUUAAGAAAAUGAAUAAGUUUAAAGACAACGCCAGAGUGUAGCUUUCUGUGUAUUCGUGUAUAAUGGCUUAUGUUAAUUUUCUUCGUUUCAAAUCUUUCAUACCCCUGUUUUCCUAAAUAAUUUGACGUCUCUCUUAAAACAACAUGUCCAGUAAAAAAGUUUUUACAUCUCGUAGGAGGCUUUCAUUUCCGGUGAAAUUUUUAUAAAGUAUGCAGCGUUUUCUCGUUAAUACGUGCUCAGUGUCUUCUACUUUUUGAAGCCUUCAGUGGCGAAGACUGACUUGUUGGACAGGGGAUUAAAAGUGAGACGAAGAACCAGAAAGAGAUGAGGUCACACCAAGAGUUUACGGGUCACACACGAAAAGCUUGCCCACAAGGGGAACAUAAUUACAAAACUUCUUAUAUGAUGCGGCAGCACUGAGUUGUGAAUGAAAACAAACCCUGAAUUCCUUGUUGUAUGUUCAUCAACGAAAUAAUCGAGAAAAUAUAUCAUUGAUUAAUAUUUAUUCUCGCUUUUGUCAAUACCUACUUAUAACCUUUAGACGCGAGGUAGCAUUAAUGGUCUCAAGAUUUGUUAGACGUAAAUUGCACCGAAAGUGUAAAACGCAAAUAGAAGGGGAAAAUAGAUAUGGCAAUAUACUACAAAUGUCUUAUAAAUUUGGUUUUUAAUUUGUUUGUCUUUUAUGGCCUUUGGUGGCCAGGAGCCGCUGGCAUGAUCAUACCAUGACCUGAUUAUAGGGCGGUAAAAAGUCAAGAACUACCCCCCCCCUCCCCCCCCCCC